CGUUGAAAACAAAAACCUGGUAUUCAACGCAUCUCAUCUUGUUGGGGUGCAGCAAUUCAACUCAAAAUGGUGUUAAACAUCAAACAAUUAUGCCACAAAUAAAGUGCAGUAUUACACUAGAAAAGGAACACUCCAGGAGCGAUGCAUCCGCCUCGCAGCAGCAACCCAAUCGGCGCAGGAUAAGCGUCCGGCUCAAGCGACCGAACCCACUGUUCGAAAUGUGGUUAGAAGAAAUGAUAGCCAAAGCGGAAGAAAAGAACACGAUGGGUAAGAUGGCGCUCCAGAAAGCACUCACCUCCUUGCGGCGCUAUCCGCUUCCGCUGGCAACGGGCCGGGACUGUAUAGCGUUGAUGGAUUUCGGCAAAACGAUCUGCGAAAACCUCGAUCGAAGGCUAAAGGCGUACCUUGCUAGCGGUGGGCGGGUAGUGUCCGAUCAUACGCCAGCAAUUGAGGCUCUCUUGAAUGAUGAGCAAGGAGAACAUUACCUGGAACUUACGCGCACAGUACGGCGAGAACGUGAGGAAGAGGUUAUGGUGGUUGCCGAGGAAACAGAACCCAUGGAGGAAGCCAUGCCAAACGACUCCAUUUUCGAUCACGUCCCCGGUGCUGCGGCAGGAGGUGAUGAAUUCGUUCGCAUAACGCACCCGAAAGCGAUCCUGCUGGUAGACACGUGUGAAACGAUGGGCAAAUCGAAAAGUGGUCUAGAUCGAACGCUACAGGAGCUGACGCAGUACGGCGUGGAGCACGAGGUACGGCGCUUGAGUGUGGGCGAUUUCGCGUGGAUCGUGCGGGACGAUUCGGGCAGGGAGUUUCUGCUGCCCUACGUAGUGGAACGUAAGCGCAUGGACGAUCUGGCCAGCAGCAUCAAAGAUGGCCGGUUUCACGAGCAAAAGUUUCGCCUGAUGCAGUGUGGCCUUCCCAAUGUGAUUUACCUGAUUGAGCAUCUUGGGAACAACCGGCAGGUCGGUGUACCGGAGGGAACGCUUACCCAAGCGGCAAUCAACACGUACGUGCAGGGGUUCACCGUAAAGUACACGGAAAACCAUCACCACACUGUCCUGUACCUUUCGGUGAUGACAAACUUUUUGAACAAUUCGCUUCAGAACAAACUUUACCUCGACGUUACUAACCGGCCCGCAACGGAGCACGCUUUCGAAUAUCGCUUCUCCAGUCAAACCGUUCCACUGCUUUCGUUUGAAUAUUUCUACAAACAAUCGUCCAAAACACGCGACACCACCGUGCGGGACACGUUCAUGAAGCAGCUGCUGCAAAUUAGGCUGCUUACGAUCGAGAAGAUAAAUGCCAUCGUGGAGAAGUACCCAACGCCCCAGAGUCUGUUCCGCGCGUACGAACGGUGCCCGAGCGAGACGGAGCGUCAGCGCCUGCUGAACCUACCGUACGGACCGACGAAGCGUACGAUCGGCGACAAGCUUAGCAAAAUCAUCUACCAGCUGAUGAUGAGUGAACGGUACACUUCGUGAGCCACCGGAGGUCGCUUGGGACGCCCAGCGUAGAGAUGGUCAUAUCGGUGCGUUUUGCUGAUGAGAUAGUUAGUGACAGCUGUGCCUCAAACGUUUUCUACUCCGGUAUCCCGUUCUUGAGGCUAUAGCAUGCUAUAGCUGUCUCUGCUGGAGGACUUCUUCAAAGGAUGUUACAAACUACAUCAUGCUGUUCCCUGUGUAUAACAUAGCCUUAGCUCUGCAAUGGGAUGGAUUCCGAAGCACAUCUGUAAGGGAUGUUACAGACUCUCUUCGACGACAUGUCGAACUGGCAGACUGGUAAAAUGUAUCAUCACAUAUCCAAGCUUGAGUACACGAACUUGCUAUAUCCUCUUAGAAGGAUAGUGGCCCAUUGCAAACAUAGAAACAUGUGGUUACCCCAAUCAACUGGGGUGGCAGAACGUUAGGUGUUCUGCGAAAUGGAAUCAACGAUAUCGGCCUUACGCUAUGCACGGCGAUGGACAUGGACGUGAGGUUGCAGCUAGGAAUCGAGCAUCCUGCAGAAUUAUUGUUCACCAGGCCAUGUCGCGAUGACAUGCUGGUACGAUUUUUUGAGAAAGCCAUCGAGAGAGAGUCGCUCCUUGAGGACUUCUUCAAAGGAUGUUACAAACUACAUCAUGCUGUUCCCUGUGUAUAACAUAGCCUUAGCUCUGCAAUGGGAUGGAUUCCGAAGCACAUCUGUAAGGGAUGUUACAGACUCUCUUCGACGACAUGUCGAACUGGCAGACUGGUAAAAUGUAUCAUCACAUAUCCAAGCUUGAGUACACGAACUUGCUAUAUCCUCUUAGAAGGAUAGUGGCCCAUUGCAAACAUAGAAACUUGUGGUUACCCCAAUCAACUGGGGUGGCAGAACGUUAGGUGUUCUGCGAAAUGGAAUCAACGAUAUCGGCCUUACGCUAUGCACGGCGAUGGACAUGGACGUGAGGUUGCAGCUAGGAAUCGAGCAUCCUGCAGAAUUAUUGUUCACCAGGCCAUGUCGCGAUGAGAUGCUCUUUUGUGUGCAGGCCAUCGAGAAAGAGAGAGAGAGAGCUAUGUGCCGCUUUUAAUUAUCAUGCUAUAACCACAGUGUGGGUCGUCGCGAAAGUGUUUGAAAUACUCUUUAUGAACUCUUCUUGGCUUCUGCUUAUAACAUUAACACUAAUCAGCACGAAUUCGUUCCCCGAAGGUUAACAACGAAAAAUCUUGGGCAAAUACAAACCUACAGCCAUCAACGUAUUGAUGCGCAUUUUCAUGUAGAUGUCAUGUAUAAUAACAUCAUAAAAGUCGCCUUCGACACUGUGUCUCAUAACAUAUUACUCUCCAAACUAAGUCCCAGGACAACUCUUAAAAUGAGUUCAUGGAACAUACGCACUCUUAGCGGAACCGGAACAUUAAAACAGUGAUGACCAACUGCUUGACACGCUAAACAUCGACAUGGAUUGUGAGCUUCGGAUGAAAUUAUUAGUUUGAAGGGCUAUAGAUGAUUGGUUAUGUAUCCUACGCGCAUGUGAGGCAGAUUUUUCAACAUAAUCCGCACAAACUGUUACGUCCCUAUCGAAGGCAACUAGGAAAAAACGAUCGACGCUGACGACAGUCAAUUAGCAGCACGAGUUAUUUACAAUACAGCGUAACCCCGCAACAAAGGCCGAAACAUGAUGGGUGUGAAGUGGUCGUCGGAACAAGAGCUAUCUUUGUUGCCCAGUGAGCCGAACGAAACGAACAAACGGUGAGGAAAAUCUGUGUACAUCCUGCCAUCGGGUAAAUCGAGCAACCGACUGUACGAAGAGUGUGGAGCGCGGCAAGAAACGGCGGGGCAAACGGUGGCCACGGGCGCGAUGCUUUGCGCCAGCACUCCAUGGGCUGGUGGGCGUUGGUGUCUACUUCUGGCUGCAAUCAACAAUCUUCUGCGCUUCGGCCUGUGCAUUCCAAAUAGGGAGAGAGAAAGUUAUAUCCAUUUUGUACACGGUUUGUACCAUGCAAUCGUUCGCUUCGGUUCGCUAACCGGGCUCGCCCACCCAUUCCCCAACCCUACCUGAAUCAUCCGGUAGAUGACGAGCAGCGAAUCAACCGGUGUUUUGCAUGCGUCCUGCCCGAAGGUACUGCCGAGCGGAUUGAUUCCCAUCGCACCUUGCGACCGCUUGCCCCAGGCCGGUGUGAAGGUCAGCUGAAAUGGCAUUUCUAUUAGUAGCUGCUGCUGGGGUGGUGCUAGGGCCGCGAACCUGCCGGCCCGCGGUAAACAUCAUCCAUCCAUCUGCGCUUACCUGAGCUUCGGUGAUCAACAUCAAAGAGGCACAAAUCAGCAGCACGGUGAACAGCUUCACGGUAUCCAUAUCGGCGCGGCACCGGCAAAGAUCUCGGCGGUAGAUUAAUUAGAAUUUUGUUAUUUGCUUUUUAAUGUUUGCCCGGUACGUUCGCUGGUUCCGGCGGUCGUUAGCGCUAGCUGUCGGCGGUUGAAUGGGCGCGCUACGCGACGAUGUAGCGUUUCCGAUUGAAUGGUGCAGCGUGUCUGAAUUCUGCCUGCUCCUGGUGUGUGGUUUUUUAUACCUCAGCAUGGUCUUAGCGUCCUAGCGGGCGAGUCCUUUUGUGAGCGUGGUCGGUUAUACGGUUUCCUUGAAGCCGCUGCAAUGCACUACUUCGCUGCACGGUCCGAGAUGAUGGCAAUGAGCCAAAAAGGGAGGAUUCUAAAAAAAGAGAGGAAAAAUGCUUCCAGACGUUGUACGGAAGUAAUUAAAGAUCCGUUUUAGUUUGCACUUGCAGGAUGGCAUGACGUACGAUGAUGCUGAACGUGCUAUGAUCCGUAGGCGGAAACAGUGGUAAAGAUGGGUAGGAAAAUCGUUAUGGCUCACGGCGUUUCGGAUUGCCUGAUGUGCGCCAAUAAUCAUGCAGUUAAACAUACACAAUCGACGAAUACCUACAUCUUGUUAAUGAAUAUGCUUUCAUAAUUCACACCGGUAUGGAUGGAUAGGUUAGCAAUGUUUAUAUGGAGCUAUGACUGCUGUUUUGUUUGUACUGAAUGAAUAAAAUGGAAAAUUGUGAUAUCUUUUGAAGUUAUAAAGGUAA